AUGAUAUCAAGAUCCAAAGUGGAACACAUUGUUUGUUUAGCUUUGAAUGGUAUCAAUAUCGUAUUCUAUCUGCUGAUCAUUACGGCUGUCAUUUUCAAAUGUAUUCAAGGCAAUUUUGCAGAUAUUGUGAUGGGCAUCUACGGCAUUGUGAUAGCUGCUCUUUUGGUAGUAAAUGAAAUGCGGGAAUUCCAGUUCUCGUCGACCUACUUUUACUUUUUAUCGACAUACAGAGGAAGAGGCCUUACGAUGAUAUUCUUUGGAUGUCUAGUGCUCGAUACAGGCAUUAUCAACAUUGUCGUAGGUACACUAGUACUAGCGACAGGCCUACUGUAUGUCAUCAUGUCCUUUUUAUCCCAUUUCCCUCAACCCAAUCCCAUCACCAUCAACUGGAGAAAUUGGAAUGACUUUUCCGCCGAGGGAUUAGAUCUACCACAUCCUCGAAACAUGAACAACACUGUAGUGAGCGAAAUGCAUGAACGACUCAAAUCACCAGCGCCUAUUUUAUUGAGCCAGCAUCAACUACCCCUCAACGAAAUGAUACACCCACAGCAACCACCCAAAAGAAGACACUAA